AAAAUCGAAAUAUUGAAGAAAAGUAAUAAUUCUGUAAAUUCGGAUGAAUUUUUUACGUUCAAUAACAGAUAAUCGAAUCGAUACUCGGUGAUUAAAAACCACACACUAAUGUGCCUUAGUAUUCACCAAAUCGUGUGAAUAAACCGUUAAACAAUCAUAUAAACAAACAGAGAGUGCAGGUGAAGUAAGAAAGGCAUCGUGGUGGAUGGGAAUAAAUCAACAACAGGCAUCGCAUGCAAUAAAAAAUAUGCAUAUAAUACUCAAUAUUAAUUAAUCAUGAAAUAGCAUGAGCGAUACGGAUCGGUAAAAAGAAAAAGAAUAAUCGACGGUAAUUAGGCGCGAAAAAAUCUCAGGAAAUGUCGGGUAAAGCUUGUGUGAAAAUGAACCCAUUAAUAGCCGUCGUUUGUGCGAUAAUAAUCGGCAGGAUCGAGGCCCAAGACAGCCUUCUCAAAUUGGAAUCCCCGUUAGUGCUGGACUCGAAGGACAUCGAAUCCUCGAUACACAAAACGCGGAGCCUUCCGCAGCCCGAAGAAUCCUUGCGCGGAAAUUGGACGACGCUCCAGGAGGAUUUGGACGUUUUUAACACCCGAUGGCUCGUGGAAAAUUGGGUCCAAGGAAAAUACCCGGUUACAACCGAGUGCUCGAAGGACAUAACGCGGUUCGUUGACGGUUUGAAGCGGAAGGAUUUAUGGGCGAGAAAGAUGGACGAUGCCUCUGGAAGAUUUGCAAACAGUUUCUACUGGGGAAAUUCUUACUUCAUGGGAUCAGCAACGGAGUGUAGCUUCAUCGGGAUGGACUACAACAAGGGAAACCAACAUUUCACGACAGCCUCGACCGAGGUUCGUGAGUUUACCUCCGAGCCAAGAAAGAAAAAGAAUUAUGGACUGAGUGGAGCCGGUCUCCUUUCGCCCACCAUCUCCGAUAUCCCACCAUUUAAAAUUGGCUUUUAUAUGAUCAAGAUCAACGUGAACGGAUCCGUUAGUCCAGUGCCGCGUAAAAUUCACGUUGGAGUUUGCCUUCCGUUUUCUUGUACCUCGUCCGACGUCACCGUGGUGGCAAAACUGGCGGCCAGCAAAUCUGCGGCUAAACAUUCCAGCAUUGAUAAGGUUCGAGAUCAGCACAACCCGUAUGAUAUGUACACAGACCCCGUCUUCUGGGCAUUGUUCGGGUCGACUGUCCUCGUGAUAGUCCUAAUGACUACUGGUACCACUUACGAUGUCUAUCUGACAAAAAAGGUAAAGCGUGCAACAUUGAACUACGACUUGGAGAAGCAUGCAAAAUUGGAACAAUUAUCCAGUGGAAAAAUUUCAAAUGUUCCUGACCACGGUGCUAACGGCGUGACUUCAAUCAACAACAACAAUGACCACGAAAGCAUUCCUCCCCCGCCACCCGAGCCAGAGAAAUUGAGCAUAUUCGAGGAGUUGUUGCUAUCGUUUUCCGUAAAGACAAACUUACGAACAAUUUGUGACAAGUCAGUAGGCAGUGACACGAUAAGCACCAUCCACGGUUUGAGAGCAAUAUCGAUGGCCUGGGUGAUCCUUGGCCACACAUGCAUCGUGGUGUUCAAAUAUUCGGACAACAUGGAGUAUCGCAAGGUUGUCGAGAAGAGAUUUCUCUUCCAGACGGUAACGAGCGGUGCCUUCAGCGUUGACACGUUCUUCUUCAUGGGCGGCCUCCUCGUUUCCUUCCUCUACUUCAGGACCAAUGCCAAAGGGGAUUUGCACAGGCUGACACAAGGCACGCAAGGAUUCCUCGCUGGCACGCUAAAAUUCAUAGGCUUCAUAUCCUAUAGAUUUUGCCGACUUACAACACCCUACAUGUUCGUUCUUGGCGUUGUCGAGGUCUCGAUGAAGUGGUUCAAUGCCAAUUCAGUCUUUGAACCGCCCACAGCUGAUCACUACAAUUGUCCGAAUUACUGGUGGAGGAAUUUGCUCUACAUAAACACACUUUUCCCGGUCGAUGAAAUGUGCAUGCUUUGGAGUUGGUACGUCGCCGACGAUACGCAGUUUUACGUCGUUGGAGCUAUAAUACUAAUCGUAGCGACCAAUCACGUCAAGAUUGCUGCAUUUUCGACUGCAACAUUACUCCUCAGUUCCUGGAUAGUAACGGCUUACAUCGCUUAUACCAACAACCACAUGCCAAGCUCGGACGAUCCCCUCGCAUUGUUUGACAAAAUUUACGACAAGCCUUGGACGAGGCUUGGUCCUUAUUUGAUCGGGAUGUCCGUAGGAUAUUUACUCUUCAAGACAAACUGCAAAAUUACUAUGUCCAAGAUGACGGUUACUGUGGGCUGGCUACUGUCAACAGCGUGUCUUCUCAGUUUACUUUACGGUUUGUACGAGACGGAAUUGAGUCUUGCAACGGCUGCUGCGUACUCUUCCUUAAGUCACAGUGCAUGGUCACUUGGACUAGCAUGGAUAGUCGUAGCGUGCAGCACGGGUUACGGAGGUUACGUGAACAGCAUAUUAUCGGCACCAAUUUUGCACCCGUUUAGCAGAGUUACUUACUGUGCCUACCUUGUCCAUCCUAUGGUUAUUCGACUAACAGCAAUGAAUCUAGACGCACCGUUUCACCUUGGGAAAGAUACUGUGUUGAUAACAUUCCUCGGGCAGUUCGUUCUUUCGUACGCCUUCUCAUUCGCGAUUUCUCUGGCUUUCGAGGCUCCGGUUGUCACUAUGCUGAAGAUUCUAGCGCCGAACAAGCGAAGAAGAAUUCAGCGAGAUCCUUGAACCCAAGAAUGUGUUAGAUUAGAUGAUCGUUGAAUUUUGGUGCAAAAGUGCUGUACGAUUGUUGCGAAAAAAUGUGAUACUCCAUAUUGUAAUAGGAGUGACGAAUGCAGGUGUAUAAGAGUCAAGAGAGAAGCUUGUGUAAUUGUGUACUUCGAUAAAAACCAUUAGGCGUAGUUUUAUCAUGCAGCUAUUACCUAUAGUACGUUUUUAUCAAUUGUUUAAGAUAUUUGUAUCAAGGCAUACGAGAAUUAUUCGGCGAGCAUUUGACGUGGGUACUAAAGUAUAUUAUACGACUAUAUGUAUACUUGAAAAUAACGAGACGUAAACUGUACUUUGGUACAUUUUGGUACCUGAAUCAAACACUUGCCAAGGAGUGUUUUGUUGGAAUGAAAUAAUUACAAUUAUUUCGAAUGCAAUUCUCUCCGUCUCUCUCGGGCCUUCUUUUUUCUUUUUACAAGUGAGAUAAUUUUCAAACAUAAGUUAUUUAAAUUGUAUGUAAUACGCCCUAACGCGUUACGUCAGUAUAUCUUAAUAUUGUACACCCCAUUACCAACAUGUACCGUAUUCAUUAGAUUUGUUCUGAUUAUACGAUCUAUAAUUUUUAGACACGUUUUAUCUUUAGCCUGUAAAUA